CUGCUUGUGCAGCUGUAGCAGGACUGUUGGACGACUAGACAGCUAGUUGCCCGCUUGGCAAGUUGGGCGCGCGGUCAGCUAUAAAUAGCUGCGGGUGCCUGCCCAUGUCGCUCUCGCCAGUCGCCACCGCUCCGCCGUACCGUCCGAGCCUCCCCUCUCUCCGCCCUCGCCCGCCAUGGCCACCGUGCACCCGCCGCCGCCGUUCGCGCUGCUCCCGCGUUCCCGCGCCGGCAUCGAGAUGGAGUACGACAGCGACACCGAGAGCGUCGCGGAGUCGUGCCCGUGCCCGUACCCGCGACGCGCCGCGGCGGCAGAGGACUCCUCCUCCUGCGGCGGCACCGCGUGCUGCCACGACUACGAGGGGAUGGACGACGACGACGACGACGACGGGUGCAGCAGCUGCGUCGAGGGAGACGAGUGCAGCAGCUACCAGCAGCAGCACCUCCAAGAGACCACUGCCGACGAGGAGGAGGAAAGAAACAGGGCGGGGAGCGGCGUCUGGUGGCAGAACAUGGCGGUGGGCGGGGCCGGCGGCGGCGCGACGUUCCCUCUGCCAGCGGCGGCGCGGGCGCAGGAGGAGGCCGCGGAGGACUCGAAGCGCGCGGCGGAGCGGCAGGAGGAGGACCGGAAGUUCUGGGAGGACUGCCUCGCCUCCGGGUACCCAUGAGCUCAUUCGACAUCGAUCGCCACAUCGCAGCUCAACACGAUCGCAACUCACGACACGACGACGGCAAAGCCGAAAUCGCCGUGCCAGCAGCCCAGCACACACACACGUGUAUGUUUUUUUUUCUUUGUACAGACAUUUCACAAAUUUUUUUAGCAAUUUUUGGGUUGGUGUAUGUUGACCAAGAAAGCACGAUAGAUCUUGGGAAGAAAUCGGGUUAGUAGUUGGUGAGGUAGGAUACUUACUUUGCUGUUAAUGCAACCUUCAACCUAAACCCUGAGGACUAUCACAGCAUUCUUCAUUCUAGAAAGAACAUGAUGAUGAUGUGCUGGAUGAAUGAGUGAAUGGAAGAAAAGGUUAACCACCUUUGAGUAAAGAAAAGCAGUGGAUGCCAACAUCAACUGCCCAACCCCAAAUAAAGCGCAGAGAGAUAGAAAGAAAGGGGUGGCAGACAAGGGGAACUCGCUUUCCUCGUCCAACUCCAAAUUCAGUGGUGGUGUUGCCACCGAAUUUCGGCACCCAAAAAACAGGGCCAGCCUGAAAGCAAACAAGCAGUGCCUUUUGAGCUGACUGAACAAUCUUCGUUUUCAGUUACAGCAGUAACAACGACCAAAUAGUAUUCAUCUUUGUGGUCCAAGUUCAGUUACUGUAGCCGACAGUCGGUAACUGUCAGAUCACUUAGUUCAGGGACUGCUCUAAAAGAUAGUAAAAUGAAAGGGGAAAAAAAGAAACGGAGAUGGAAAUUCUAACCAGUUAA